AUGUCCACCCUCACCCACACACAACGCCUGGUAGGCCUGGAGAGGCUUCAAGACAUCCAGAAAACAAUUGAAACAGCAAUCGCAAGCCACGUUGAUGAUUUGCGCCAGGCUAUCAAACAUGUCUACGAGAACCCCGAGCUCGCAUUCGAAGAAUAUAUUGCCCACGAUACUCUCUGCUCCUUCCUCGAGGGUCUCGGAUUCGAGGUCACCCGCGGUGCCUAUGGCGUCGAAACUGCCUUUGAAGUCCGCACGGGCGAGGGCGGCCGCCUGAUCAGCAUCGAUGCAGAAUACGACGCGUUACCUGGGAUCGGCCAUGGAUGCGGCCACCACCUGAUCGCAGCGAGCAGUAUCACCGCGUUCCUGGGGAUUCACUACGUCCUAAAGCAACAUAAGAUUCCAGGCCGCGUGCAGCUGCUCGGUUGCCCAGCUGAAGAGAACCAAGGGGGCAAGGUCGUGCUAGUCAGGAAUGGGGCUUUGAAGGGCGUCGACGCAGCCAUAAUGGCCCACCCCAAUAGCCCCGACAAACGAUGCCCCGAGGUGACCGCAGUAGGGGGCUUCCCCACGCUCGCCAUGCAGCGGUGGGUCGUCGAAUACCACGGCCGUGCGUCGCACGCUGCAGGCCACCCGCACAAGGGCCUCAACGCCUUCGAUGCUGCGGUCGCUGCGUAUAAUAACAUUGCGCUUCUACGGCAACAGACACUCUCCGAGGAGCGUAUCCACGGGUGCGUGCUCGAGGGCCCCAAGGUCCCGAAUACCAUUGGGCACUAUACAAAGUCUGUCUGGAUUGCGCGCAGCCUCAGCCGGGGCACAUUGAUGGCUCUGUCCAAGCGCGUCCUUGCGUGCUUUGAGGCCGCGGGAACUGCUACCGGAUGUACGGUUGAGAUUACAGAGGGGAAUAUGUAUCUCGACACCAUCGUCAACGAAACACUGUGCCGGCGCUACGCGGAAAUCGCCAACAGCGUCGAGGGCCAGCAGGUUCAAGCCUUCAGCACCGAAGUGCAAACCGGCUCCACCGACUUUGGUAAUAUAAGCUACGAGUGUCCUGGACUUCACCUCUUCUUUGCGCUGGGGUGCUCGCCGAACGUCUUCGCCCACCAUCAGGACUUUACAGAGGCCUCAGGGACCGAAGACGCAUUCUGUCGCGCCCUGAAGACGGGAACGCUCAUGGCUCUUACUGUAUGGGAUCUUCUCACCGAUGAUGCGCUGUUCGAGCAGGUGGCGGGUGAGUGGAAGGCCACGGUUGAGGCGCAUUCUUCUUCCGAGUACCAGUAG